AUGCACUCCCCAAGCUUCGUCCAGAGCUUCUGCGUCUCGCGCAUGCCGCCACCUCCGCCAUGCCCGCCACUGCCACCCACUCACGACGCCUUGCUGGCGUUUUGUGUCUCGCUCACAGUCAUGAGCCUGCUCACGAUCGCCGCCGGAAUGACCGACACCAACAUUCGCGAGGCGUGCUUCACGCGAGUGCGCACGCUCUCCGCAUCGACCCGCUCUCAUGUCCACGCCGCCACCGACUUCAUCAUGCGUAUCGCUGCGCUCGCACUGGCGUCUUUGAGCGCUGAAUUCACAUCCUGCAAAGCUGCCGUCCUCCGAACUUCGAAACCCUUCAUCGACUUCAUCCUACAAACCGCUGCUCCCUCGAUCGCUCUGUUGAGCGCUGGGCUCACCACUUGCAAAGCUUCUCUCAGCCAAGCCUGCGCCGGCGUGGCAAAGACAUCGACCGACUUCAUCGACUUCAAAAUCACUUUCGCAACGGAUUUCUUCGGAGCCAGCUACAAGACUCGCCAAGCUGAUGCAACAUCCGUCAAACGCCUUGACCAAGUCGACAGCACGCACUACACCACUGAAAAGGGAGGCGACACAUCAGAGCAUGAGGAUGAUAGCGAGUACACCGAUGCAAAUAGCGAGGAGAGUAAUGGCUGGACUGUGGUGAAGAAGGAACGCCAUGAACAGACAUGCGUGAUGUGCGAUUCUGACAAGGAAGAGUGA